UGGAAAUGAGGUAGAAGAUAAAGAAGAUCGAUCAAAUACUAGAUGUAAUAACUGGCAUAAGUAUAAACGGUGUUUAAGGGAUAAAGGUAAUUUCAUCGAAGACGCAUGGGAACCGUUUUGGACAGGCAUCGGAGAUAAGAAUUUAUCGAAUGAACAACAGCCUCAAUCGGAAGCCAAAG